GGGCUCUGUGAUUGGGAGAUCGAGACAGAGAGAGCCCGGCCGGGCAGUGUGUUCGCUGCACGAAAAUGCACUCGGAUGCCGCCGCUGUCAAUUUUCAGCUGAACUCUCAUCUAUCAACACUGGCAAAUAUUCACAAGAUUUACCACACCCUCAAUAGGCUGAAUCUGACAGAAGACGUUGGUCAAGACGAUCACCAGACAGGAAGUCUCCGAUCUUGCAGUUCUUCAGACUGCUUUAGCAAAGUGAUGCCUCCAAGGAAAAAGAGGAGACCUGCAGCCGGAGAUGAUUUAUCUGCUAAGAAAAGUAGACAUGAUGGCAUGUAUAGAAAAUAUGAUUCGACUAGAAUAAAGACAGAGGAAGAAGUCUUUUCAAGUAAGAGAUGCUUAGAAUGGUUCUAUGAGUAUGCAGGGACUGAUGACGUUGUAGGUCCUGAAGGCAUGGAGAAAUUUUGUGAAGAUAUCGGAGUUGAACCAGAAAAUGUAGUUAUGCUUGUUCUAGCUUGGAAAUUGGAUGCACAAAACAUGGGUUAUUUCACAUUGCAAGAAUGGUUAAAAGGAAUGACAUCGCUGCAAUGUGAUGCAACAGAGAAACUGAGAAAUUCCUUGGAUUACUUGAGAUCCUUAUUAAAUGAGCCUACAAAUUUUAAGCUAAUUUAUAGAUAUGCAUUUGAUUUUGCACGGGAAAAGGACCAGCGCAGCCUAGACAUAAAUACUGCCAAGUGCAUGUUAGGACUUCUAUUGGGAAAAACGUGGCCUCUUUUUCCAGUAUUCCACCAGUUCCUAGAGCAAUCAAAAUACAAAGUUAUCAACAAGGACCAAUGGUGUAAUGUGCUAGAAUUCAGCAGAACAAUUAACCUUGACCUCAGUAAUUAUGAUGAAGAUGGAGCAUGGCCAGUAUUGUUGGAUGAAUUUGUGGAGUGGUAUAAAGGGAAACAGAUGACAUAGGAGUUUACUAUGCACAGCCGCUCAAGAGUCACU